AGUCGUUCCUGGAAAAGUGGAAAUGAGACCCAUUUCAUCGAUCAAUUCUCUUUCCUCUACGGUGCCGUUAACGAUGCCCGCAUGAUUCUUGACCUUGUUCCAAUUAUUCUUUUCCCCGAUAACCAUCAUCAAGUCGCUUCUUAUGCUGCAUAUGGUGUCUCACUGGGAGGACACACUGUCUGGCAUUUGCUUAAUGACGAACGUAUUACUACGGCUUGUGUGAUGAUCGGUUGCCCUUCCUACACGGAAAUGAUGUGCGAACGUGCCAAAGAAUCCGAUAUACAAGUAACCGAUCGCAUUAUUCCCCCCAAAUUGGUUGAAUUGAUUGAGCGUGUCGGCCCAAACCCGGAGCUUAUUAAGGGAAAGCACCUCGCAGUUCUCAGCGGUGCUGAUGAUACGUUGGUCCCUGUUCGCUACACAGACGCAUUCUUGCCUAAACUACAAUGCGCUGAGUUGUUGAAAAAGACGUAUCCCGGAGUAAAGCAUGAAACGCCUGACUAUAUGCUUGAGGAAUGCGCCGAGUUUCUGUACAAGCACUUUUAAGGAAAGAAUGCUGUAAAUAACGACUUUGGACAGACCACGAACGUGCCUACGGACUGUGACCCAUCAUCUUCGUUGUGCACUUCUUAUGCGUUCUUUGGUCGAGUUAUGCCACAUCACGUAUUAUCAUUUUCGCUUUUUACGAAUGUGUUUCAGACAGAUUUAACGAACAAAAUGAAAUGACUUCAUGAAAAUAAAAAACUUGCAUGCAAUGCAAUACCAACAAAAAAAUGCAGCAAUACCCUAUCGACACAGUGCGUGGCAUGUGUAUGCCACAGGCUUCUCGUCACCUUGGUUUCAAGCAUGUCUAACGGCGUCAUCAUACAAAGGAGGUCUAUCUUGGCUCGAACUUGGACGGUGGUAUGGUGGCAGUGGCUCUAAAUGCUGUACAUGUCCAACAUUUCCCACUUCUUGGUAGCGUUGAAUCAACCGUUGUAGCGAUUCCACAAAAUCGAAGAUGCCGCCUUCAUUAAAUUGGAGUCUCAUCUAGCAAACACGGUUAGAAACAGCCUUCCAUCGACGAAAUUAUAUACUCGUACCUCUGCGUCUGAAGGAAUGCCACCGUUCUGAACUGGAACUACAAGUCCCGAAUAAUAGUUUGCGCCAAAAAACGCUAAGAAUAUGUUAGCCGGUAGUUCGUCGCGACAGUAUUUUUCGUACGUUGGUUUAGCUUCGUAUCUUUUAGGUUACAUAUAGGUGUCUGGAAACUUUUAAAGUCGUCUGUGCUGGUCGUAGGUACAUAAAUAAGCUGAAUCAGUU